AUGAAUGAAGAAAAUAGCUUUCAAGUGAAACCUCCUUCAAAUAGUCCUAGUGGACGUCCAAUAUCCCUAAGAAGGAAUGAAAUUAUCCAAAAAGAUGGUCCAGAAAUCCCAUACGUUUGGACUCAGAUUCAAAAAGAACAGAAAAAGAUUAUCGAAGCACCGAAUGAAAGAGCAAAAGAGCAGCAUAAAACAGAUUUAGUUCUUAAAGUUCGUGCUGCUGUUGAUAAUCCAAAAAAAAUUGAAGAAGAUGAUGAUUCCGAAGUUGAUGAUGAUAUUAUUGAAAUAAAAUCGAAAAUUGAUACUCUCUUAGACGAACACAAACAUCGUACACAAGAAAAUGAAACAAAUUUAGUCGAAUUAAGAAUUGUUUUAGAUAAUCUUACAUCUUCAAUAGAUCAAGACUCAGAAAACGAGCAAAUUGACGAAUCAACUAAAUACAUAGGCCAAGUUCAAGAAGGUCAAAACCGUUUACAAGAAUCAAUUAAUUACCUUGUAAAAGGUGCUGCACAGUUAUUCAUGCAGAAAAAUCACGUUAAGAUCGAAAAAUUACGUUCUGAUAUUAACGAUAUCACAUUCUUGACAUCACAAGUUGAUGAACAAAUUCGAAUUAAAAAUUCUUUACUUGAAGAGAAGUUAGAUUCAAUUGCAAAGAUAGAUGCUUCCAAUGCAAUACUCAGACGACGCAUUGAAGGCACUAAGAAUGAAAUUCGCGCAAUAGCUGGCCAAGAUUUCGAAAAUAUUCCAGAACUUGCACGAACAUACAACGAUACAAUGAAGAAAAUACUUGAAGAAGAGACAGAGCUCACAAAACAGCUCUGGAAUCUCCAGUCACAGCUUGAAAAAGAGAAAAAAGAACAAGUUCAAAUGGGAUUACUUUAUCAAAAGGUGAAAGACCAUCCAAUUAGAGUUGCACAACUCACAGAAGAGAUGGAAGCAAAGAUAUCACAGCUCAGAUCUCAAUUAUACGAGAAAGAAAAACAAAAUUCUUUAGAACGCGGCCAAACAGCUCUACAAUACCAAACAGAGACACAAAGAUUAGUAAUGCAAGCAAGAAAGGAAAGAGAAGAACAACUUUUCUCAUUGAAAACGACUCAAAUUCAAAAUUUGCUCCAAGCAGAGAAACAAUCUCGAGAUGAUAAGAUCAGAUUGAUAACAGGAGCCAACUCCAAUCUCAGUGGAAACAAGAGCUUCAAGCAGAAGUUGAUGCAAUUCGAAAAUGAAUCAAAAUCUUUAGUUACAGAUUUCGAAAACUCUGUCAAACAGAUAAAACAAGAUUUCCAACAAGCAGAAAGGCGUGUUAAGAAAGAACAAGAGCAGCAGAUACAAGAACUGGAAGAAAAAGGAAAACAAGAGCGAAAAGGAUUAGAAUCUGAAGUUUCCAUGCUCGAUGCGGCUCUUUCUGCCAAGAAUGAACAAUACCAACACAGUCAAGCCAAACUACAACAGCUCCAGGACCAAUUAACUCAAUUGAAAGAAAAAAUCGCAAGAAUCGAAGUAAAUAACCAACAAUUGGAAAAUUCUCUGUACGGAUCUACCAACAAAACAGAGGAUUUGAUGCAGAUGCUCAUAGAGAACGAGAAGAGGAAGGAAGAAGAGAAGAGACUCAUCUGCAGAGAGUUGAUGGAAAGUUUCUCAAGCCUUGCUUAUUUCAUGGUUUUGACUGGAGAAAAAGAAGGUGAUUGGGUGGAAGAAGCAAAGAUCUGCUACAAAGAGGCAAUAGAUGCAUGCGAAUCAUCUAACAACAUGCAUGUUCCGGUGCCUUUCGAGAGAAGCCGUCCUACACUUCAGGAUGUGUUGAAUUCAAGAAAAUCAAAGUCAAAGAGAAGAAAAUCUUUUAGUUAA